AUAGCAGAGGGUCACAAGCUUGGGAUUUUCCAGAAUUUACGUCAGUAGAAAGACUGAGAUUUCCAAAUGAGUUUAGAAGCCAAGUAUCCAACCAUGAUUUAAACAUCAAUAGCAUCAGAUAAAGAGGUUUUUAAUAUCUCUAAAAAAAAAAAUUUGCUUAAGUUAGUAAGACUAUUUACAUUUUUGAGAUUCUAACUUCACCUGAAACUGUUUUAAACCACUGUUAAUUUUUACCUCUGUUUCAAUAUUACGCAAUAUAAUUGCUUCAGUUCUCUAUCUUUUGCUUUUUUUUUUUAAGAGAACUGUACAUCAUUGAGCAACAGUUCUGAUAUCUGGUCGUUAAGUAGCUCUGAAGUAAAUUAUACUUUUAAUUUGAUUUAUGAUACAGGCAGCUCACUGGUAUGAUCCAGUCUGGCAAACUUUGUGCUUAUGUCUGUAUUUUCUUUCAGAAAAAGUAAUUAUGAUUUCAACAUACUAGAAAGUGAUAGAGAAAUAUUUGUGGUACACUUAUAAUAAAUUGUCAUGAGUCAUACAGGGUUCCCUCUGCACUUUAAAAGCCUUUCUUUGAUAAAAAGCAUGAGCUCCACAGUAAUAAUCCACUGCAGAACUUUUAAAAGGACCAUUUAAUAUUAAGAUCAAGCUACUUGUAAGAUGGUAGAGCUUCCAUUAAAGAACUAUGAACAUAUUCUAAUUAUAUACUUUUUUAUUUUUUUUGUAAGGCUGCAUAUGAAUAUUUUAAUAGUAUGACUGAUAUAAUUCAUCCUUAUGCUUCCUAUUUUUAAGGAGAGAUUGAGGCAGCUAUUAUUAAGUAUUUAGCACUUUGUACUCAGCAACAAUUUAAUUUUCUAAUGCAGAGACAGACAAAUUUAUGCAGGCAACUGAAGUGGGUAUUUUGUUGGUGCAGCGUGUGUUGUAUUUUUGUUCUGAACACGUUUAGGUGAGAUCCUCAAAUGAUGACUGCAGGCCAAGACACCUAUAACUCCUAAUACAUCCAUAGUUCAGCUGGCAGAAGCCAAUUAAUUUGGAAAUCCAAUCUAAAUGUGGUGUGGAUCCAUCUCUGGGAUCAGGAUGUUCAGGACAGUUGCUGAGAUACCAAACACGGUUUAAUAUUAACUUGUGUUUCACAGCAAACCCUGUGAAGUUGGCGUAAGUAAGCUUAGCAUUCACUGCCACCCAAAUGCUGCUUGCCCCUGAAAUAACUUGUGUUUUGCACAAAAACAGCUGCCCCAGGAAAACUGAGGUUUUUCCAAGGAAAUGUUCCCAGUUCUACUUACCCAUGCAGCAGAAUAAUGACUGAACAAAUCGGCUGGCCCUGCUUCCUCGCUGGAUGUGAAGCACUGGAAUACUUGAAAGGAUCACCCUUAGGAGUCAAUGUUCACAUGCUGAAUUUAUUAUCUACUCUCCUGAAGCAAGAAGAGGGAGGAAAAAAUAUCUGUGACCUGUUAACUCUUUGAAGUAGUGAGGUGUUUGUGAAUCACAACUUUCCAGACAUGAAAGAUUUGCUCAGAAGGGCUGAAAAAGAACGUCUUGCAACUCAAAAUGUUCCAGAAGCUGGUAUGAGGCAGUGAAACCUGCCUUCUUUUUUAUUUUUUUUCUGUAUUUUUGAGAUGUUUGAAAAAAUGCCUUAAGCUGUGUUCAUGUUACUUGUGGCAACCUGCCGAGACAGUUAAAGAGAUAAGAGAACAUGGUAAAAUGUGGUGAAAAAAAAAAGUAUUGAAUAUGUUUUACUUAAAUGACUGUAUUUUUACAAUUCAAAUUGGGAAUUUGUUCUGUAUCCUGGUAGGGAUAUCUUUGUGCUCUGUAUGUGUCUACAGUGAUUUCCUCAGGAGGGUCAGGGCACACCAGUGCUCCUCACAUCCAGGCUGCAGCUUUGGAUGGAGACAAGACCCCAGUCAUUUCUUCAAUAUUUUAUUUUUCUUUCUGUUUUUUUCGGAUAGAAGUUGUGCAAUUGUCAAAUCAUUUCAGGUAGGCUCCAACUUCUCUGGCCACCCUGUUCUGCCUUGGGAAGCAGACCCAGAAACUGGAUUUAUUCCCUCAGGAAAUUUCUCCUGGAGUAGUGGUUCCAAUCAUUGAUUUUGCUUGGCCUCGUGUUCUUUUUGAUCAUAUUCCAGCAAAUUCAGUUUUUCGAAGUACUUUGUGACGAGUAUGACAAAGAUACAUUCAAAUCUGAAGGAAACAUGCAGAAACACAGCAGCUUUAUUCUGCUGCGAGGAUCUACCAUGGAUUUAACAGAGCUGAAAAGUAUCCCGUGCUCCAGUAUAUAUCAAAUGCCAAAUAUUUGAAUUUUGGGAUUCUUAGCAGUGCCAGGGCCUGCCCACCCUCACAGGGAACAAUUCCUGCCCAGAAUCCCAUCCAUCCCUGCCCCCUGGCAGUGGAAGCCAUUCCCUGUGUCCUGUCCCUUCAAGCCCUUGUCCCCAGUCCCUCUCCUGCUCUCCUGGGUUCCUUUUGUGUUCUGGAAGGGGCUCUGAGGUGUCUCCAGAGCCUCUUCUUCUCCAGGUGAACACUCCCAGCUCUCCCAGCCUGGCUCCAGAGGGGCUCCAGCCCUUGGAGCAUCUCCAUGGCCUCCUCUGGGCUCUGUGCAGCAGCUGCAGGUCCUGGCUGUGCUGGGCCCAGGGCUGGGGCAGCUCUGCCCUUCAGAUCGGUGUUUGAAGGAACAGCUCUGGCUCAGGGGUCUCAGCUGAGGGGCAGAGGGCCAGAACCUCCCUCCCGUGCUGCCCACGCCGGGCUCAGCACAGCAGGGCACACGGCCGGGCCACGCUGGGCUCCUCUCCCACCAACAGCUGAAUCCUUCCCCCAGGACUGCUCCGGCCCUUCUCACCCAGCCCGUGUUUGUGCUGGGGAUCGGCCAAACCCAGGCGCAGGACUUGGCAUCUCCCGUUCCUCCCUCGGAGCUCCCCGAGGCUGUGCUGGGGAGGCGCUUCCCGUGCGUGUCUGAGCGCAUCCACAAAGGGGGUGAACUGGGGGAGAGCACUGAGCUCGGUGAAUUGGGGUGACCGCACUGCUGGGCUGUGGUGACAGUCAUCACUUCGGGCAGGAAUCACAGAAUAUCCUGAGCUGGAAAGAUCAUCGAGUCCAGCCCCUGUCCCUGCACAGACAGCCCAACAAUCCCACCCUGCGCAUCCCCGGCAGCCGUGUCCAAACGCUCCUGGAGCUCCGGCAGCCUCGGGGCCGUGCCUGGGGGAUCCUGUUCAGUGCUCAGCACGCUCUGGAGGAAGAACCUUUUCCUAAAAUCCAGCCUAAAGCUCCCGUGGCACAGCUCUAGCGGUGCCCUGGUUCCUGUCCCCGGUCACCAGAGGGAAGAGCACAGUGCCUCUCUGAGCUGUGACUGCGUUCCCGCUGUGCCCCACCAGCACCUUCCUCGCACUCCUCAGUCCCCAAAGCUUUCCCCGUUCCUGGGGACGAAGAACUCCGCAGCCCAGCCCGGUCCCACCCCCGCGGGCUGUGCUCGGGGUCCCCAUGCCCCGCCUGAGGCCGGCCGGGCCGGGCCGGGCCCGGUCACCGCGGAAACGGAAACGCGCGGGCCGGGGCCGCCGGGAGCGGGGCCGGUUUGAACGUUCGGCCGCCGCCGCCGCCGCCUUCCCCCGCCGCGACCGCGACCCGCGGCCCCCCGAGGUUACUUUGUGUGCUUUCAAAAUGAGCAGUGAAGACGAAAUAAAGGAAAACUUGGAUGCGGAAUUUGAUCGCUUUGUUGUGGCUAUGAAGCCCUAUGUGCUUAACCUGCAGCAUAGUUCAGACAGAAAAAGAUGCUCACUAUGGAUUAAAAAACUCUGCAAACCUUCAGGAACAGGCAUAGGAAUAGUGGGAAGGGAGAAUCGAAACUUGUAUGCAAAACUGUUGCUCCACAUGCUGCAGAGAGGAGUUCUGGAUGGUCCCUUCAGCCAAAAACCAGAGGAGGGAAUGCUGAGAACUUUGCCUGCCUACAUGUCCGUUUAUUUUGAUGAACCAAUUUCACCAAGAUUUCGGAACAGCAGCGCUGACUGCAUACCUGAGUGGGUGGUGGGAGAGCUGGGAAAGAAUGACAGUAACAUAUCCUCUGUGGAGGGCUCAUCUUCAGCAACACCUGCACAUGGGGAAAGAUUCAGUGAGAAGCCAUCAGCAGUGUCCUGUUGUCUGCUUUCUCCUCACCGGACAGAUGAAGAUGACCUAGGCACGUCACUGUCUGAUGAUCAGCACAAAAGAAACGUUUCAUUGGAUGAUGAUGACCUCGAAGCACGACUCAAUAGUUGGAAUCUUGGGAUAGAAAACCCCAGAUAUCUGCGAGAAAAACGGGUGACUUGGAAGACACCUAAAAUUGACCUUGGACAGAGCAGCCCCUCUCGGCAAAACCAUGAGCUGUUUCGAAUGCAGGAGAAAGAGCUGGAAAUGAAAAUGAAAAUAGCAGAAGGUAAAUUUCAUGAAGAAAAACUGAAAUUACAACAGAAGCACGAUGUUGAUGUUCAAAAGAUUUUGGAUAGAAAGAAUGAUGAAAUAGAUGUGCUGAAGUCCACCUACCUAGAGAAACAAAAAGAAGCUGAGGAGACAAUAAGAAAACUGGAGAAAAAAGUUCAGACCCUUGUUCGUGAGUCCCAAGUUGUGAGAGAAGCCAAAGAGCAGCAGAUUGUGGAGCUGAAGAAGUUGUGUGAGCAAAGCAAUGAUUCCUUGAACAAUGAGUGGGAGAAAAGGCUCCUGGAUGCCGUGGCUGAGAUGGAGAAGGAGAAGUUCAACAUCCGGAAGAAGCACACGGAAGAUAUGCAGGAGCUGCUGGAGGAAACCAACGCCCGGCUGGCCAAGAUGGAGCAGGAGUAUUUGCAGCAGACACAGUCAACUAAUGAGACAGUGGAAAAGCUGGGGGCCCGUGUGCAGCAGUUGACUGUUGAGGCUGAAAAUAGUAAUUUACAGCGUCAGAAAUUAUCUCAGGAGAAGACUGAGGUAGAACAACGUUACCAGGAGGUCUGCUCCCAACUACAGGACCUAAAAGCAAGGUACGACUUACUUCAGAAAGACAAGGACCAGAUUACUCAGGAGUACAAGGAGAAAGUUCAGCAGCUACAAAGUAAAUUUGAAGUUGAUAGAGAUUUUCUGAAGAAGGAACAAGCUCAGCAGACAUCUGAUGUGAUUGCAGAAUUACAGCGUGGAAUGGCUCUGUUGAAGCAACAAUUGCAAGACUGUGAACAUCAAAGGCAGCAAGAGCUGAGGGAUCAAGAAUACAAGGUUCAGCAGGACAAGCUUCAAUUGCAGCGUGCAUAUGAGAAACAGAUUCAUGGCAUUCAGAAUGAUCUGGAUAAAGAAAGAGGGGAUGCUCAAAAGAAAAUUCGUCACCUGGAACAGGCUCUGAAGGAGAAGGAGGAGCAGCUGAGGCGGGUGACGGAGGUACAGAGGCUGCAGGCCCAGCAGGCAGGCGCUGCCCUGGAGGAGUUUAAGCGGCAGGUGGAGCUGAACUCAGAGAAAGACUCUGCUGAAAUGAAACAGCGGAUAGCAGAGGUUGAAGCAGAUCUGAGCAGAUCAAAAUUGCUCCGGGAAAAGCAAGCCCAAGAAUUCUCCUGGCAGUUGGAUGAGAUCAAGAAAAGAUAUGAACAACAGAUAGUGGAGCUGAAGCUGGAGCAUGAACAGGAGAAGACGCACCUAUUCCAGCAGCACAACGCAGUGCAGGACUGCCUGGUCCGAGACCAUCAACGGGAGAUCGAGAAACUGGAGAAGCAGCUUUGCGCUACCAUGGCAGAGCACGAGAGCCAAACUCACGAGAGCAGGAAACGAGACGGCCAGGUGAUCUCAGGUUUGGAGAUCCAGAUCCGCAAGCUGAGGGAGGAGCUGAUCCAGGCGAACGCUCUGCGGAACCAUCAGCUGCUGGACCUGAGCCUCCAGCGGGACGAGGAAAAGCUGAAGGCAGCUCGAGACAAGGAGGCAGCACUCAACAGUCUGAAGAUGGAGAUGGAAAAAGUGAUAUCAGACAUGAAAAUGAAGCACACAGCAGAGACAGAGGCAGCCUUGAAUAAGGCCAACAGCCAGCUGAGGCAGACCAAGGACGAGUUCCGCCACAAACUGGCCAAGUGCUCGCAGGAGAUAGCUGAACUGAGGACAACCAUUUCCUCCCUGACAGAGAAGAACAGCCGGCAGCAGCUUGCGGCGGAGCAGCGGCUCCAGGAAGUUGCACAGAAGUUGGAAGAUGAGAAGCAGCAGCUGAUGACAGAUAAUGACAGAGCAAUCAAGGCCCUGCAGGACGAGGUGGAGAAUUACCGUGGGCAGCUUUACGAUGCUCAGAGGAGGCUCCAGCGCAACGAGCUGAAGGCCCAGGAGCAGUUGAUUACUAUACGAGAAGAAUAUGAAAAAAUACUCAAAGGGCUGAUGCCAGCAUCUUCCAAAAAGGAACUUGAAGACAUCAUUUCAUCUUUAAAAUCUCAGGUAAGUUUUCUGCAGAAAAGAGUCCUCCAGGAAGACCUGAACGCCCACCACGCCAAAAAGUAACCAUUGAUGGAUUGUGGGAUCUCUGUGAUUGCCAAAUGGACUGCUUUGAAUAGGUUUGAAGAUUUGGCUCUUGUAAAUUUUAAUGCAAAGAUUAGUGGUUCUUUUGUUAGCACAAAAAAAUGAACUUCAUGAAAACAUAUUCAUAGCUCAUGCCAGCCUGGAUUUUGUUGUAUCUUCCUUCCAUUAUUUUUUUUAUCAUUAUUUUAUUACAGAUUUAUGCUUUUGAUACACAGUUUGACACCAUGCUGAGCUCGCUUACCGAGCAAGUAGACUUUGCUCUACUAAUAUUUUUGUUACUCUUUUCCAAUACCAUCUUUUUCACUUUUAAACAUGAAGAAAAUCCCAUUUUCUAUUAUUAUUGCCCAAGAUAUUUCAACAUAUUUUAACAUUGUUCUG